CAGCCUCCAACCGAGCCGCUUCUGCGAGGCCGGUGCAAUCUGCCGCGUGCCCAGGAGGGGGGGCCCGUGGGACAGCUUCGGCCGGCGGCUCCGGUUCGGCACUGGGGCUCGCCCCCCGCCCCGGUUUCGUUUCGGAAGGCUGCAAAGGCGCCGGCUUUGUUGUCCCCAUUUCUGAUCCGCCCGUUUGCAAAAAGGGGCGGCUUAAAGGGCAACGCGGAGGACGGGGCCGCCGGCUGCCGCUGCAGAAAAUAAGCUUUCGGAUGCCAGCCCGGUGGGGAUGCAGGGAAGCCGAGAGCGGCCGCUGCCGGCGAGCUUUGCGUCCCGGCUCGCCCCGGAUCCCGCGGAGUCACGCUUGGGCUGCUAGCAGGACCGCGCUCGGCUGGGAACCUCUAGGCGGCAGGGCGAGCCCGGCCUUCGAGAUGGAGCAUCGUCGCUCUCCGCUUGGGAAGGAACAAGCAACAGAUGAGUCGCCUUGGGCGGGCCCACAGAGAGCACCGGCUUCCCGGCCUCAUUCACUUUAAGGACACCCACUUGCAUCAGCUGUAGCUGCCAGAGGAGGAGCCGUUUAGCAACCACAGGACCAUCAGACUUUCCUCUGGCUCCUCUGUGCCUGGCAUCCGAUUGCAUAUUGCCCAGCACAAGCAGCAGGCAGCAGCUGUGACAGAGCUAGCUCAGCCAGUCCUGGAGCCGGGCAUCGUACAAGGAGAGUGGGUUGGAAACGAAGCAGAAGAGCUUUGCCCGGUGUUAACUGCAGAGUCAUGGGUCACUGAACCAGUUCAGCAGAAUUGCCUGGGAAACUGAGAUGACCGCUUGCCUUCCAUUUGAAGCAGACUGUUCCCCAGUUCCAGCUCUUUGCCAUUUCUUCUGCUUCGGUUCCAGAUCUUACAGAAAAAUCUCCAAAUGAGCGAGGGAGCCUCACCAGGCUGGAGCAAGAAACUUGAUCCUGGUGAGUCACUGGGAGUGACUGUUGGAAAAGAUACAGGAGGCGAAAUCACUCUGUGGGCACCAAGGUCAGCUGAGGAUUGAAAGCCUGUUGCAGCAGUGAGAUGGGAAUAUAAUUGGAGGUGACUCACAUCUGGGGCAUCUCCAGGCUCAAAGCUGCUUGAGAAGGAACUCGCUCCCAUUGUACGAGGCUGCCGUCCCCAAUGUGCCUGCCCUCUCAGAGGAGAAAUGAAGCAGGAAUGAACUCUCCCCAUGGAGCAUGGCCGCGCUCUCCUUGGAAGCCAGAUCCGGGGCAGCAAGGGGGGCAGAGGCCGUCCCCUCCAUCUCUGCAUGCUCUUCCCCUCGUGGCCACCGUGCUUGUCUGGCUGGCCACUGGCACCACCAUGUCCAGCCUCAACAAGUGGAUCUUCGCUGUGCACAAUUUCCGGUACCCUGUGCUGCUGUCAUCCCUGCACAUGCUGUCAGCGGUAGUGGUGGGCAGACCUUUGGCCAAACUCCGGGCUGGAGGGACAGGAAACCCUACCCUCGGUCCUGAGGCCAAAGCCCGGGUUUUACUGCUGAGCUUGACUUUCUGCACCAGUGUAGCUUUUGGGAACUUGGGCCUCAACUACGUCCAGCUGGACUUUGCUCAGAUGGUCUACACCACCACGCCGCUCUUCACUCUGACCCUCUCCAAAGUGCUACUGGGGAAGCACCACCACCCGCUGCAGUAUGCAGCUAUGGGGCCCAUUUGCUUGGGUGCCUCCUUGAGCAUCAUCGGAGAGGUGCAGUUUGAUCAAGCCGGAUGCUGCUUCCUCUUUGCUGCCACCUUCCUCCGAGGGCUGAAAUCCAUUCAGCAGAGUACCCUGCUCCAGGAGGAACGAAUGGACUGUCCGACUCUGCUGUGCCUGACCUCCUUGCCCAGUUUCUAUAUCCUCUUCACAGCGGCCCUCUUGCUGGAAGUCGGCCCCUCCUGGGAUGGCACGUUGGCCUCCAGCAGCAGCCUCUGGCUGUGCAUCCUGUUCAGCUGUCUGGGCUCGGUGCUCUACAACCUGUCCAGCUUCUGCGUCAUCUCUCUGACUUCUGCCCUCACCAUCCACAUCCUUGGGAACUUCAACAUUGUGGGGAACCUGCUGCUCUCUCACGUGCUCUUCGGGAGCCAUCUGACCUUGCUCGGCUAUGUGGGCAUUGCCCUCACCCUCUCGGGGGUCUUCAUGUACCAUCACUGUGACCGCAUAGCCAACUGCUGGCGUUCAUUGGGCAGGCGAGACAAGCAAGAAUAAUCUGGGACUCUUGUCCGGCUCAAGAGGUUGCUGGAACUGUGACUGCUCAGCAGUGACUGAAAUGGGACAGCCGCUGAGGCAAAAGCGCUCUCUCGCAGGGCUUUGUAUUCAAAUAGGGCACUGCCUUUACACAGGUAGUGUCCCAGUUUAAACGAGGCCUCGGGCAAGGGCAGAGCCCCCACAGGUGACUUCUUUUUCCUCAGCCAUUGUCAUCUUAAACCCAACCUGAGCUCCAUUCAAGCACACACACAUCUGUUGCCUGUCUGUUAGCCACCUUUAAAGCCUGCAGAAGAGAGGGCAGUGCUCAUUAGCAGCUAGAAGAGUGUUGGGAGGAUUUAGCCUCCCCAAAUAUUUAACCUCCAAGUUGUGCUACCCCAAGAGUAAGAGAGCUCUGGACAGAGGCUUCCUCUGCCUGCUGCAGCAUGUUUGAAUUCUCCCCCGUGCUUUUUUUUUAAAAAAAAAACCCUUCCCUUCCUAUGAAAUACUAGCCUGUCAGGGAGGAGAGCUCUAGCCUAUACUUCUUGGCAUGCUAGUUUUCUCCCCCCCCCACCCCCCCGACAGCAUUCCCAGCUUCCUUCUCAGGGAUAGCAUGUUGGAAUGAUAGAGGUGCCCACCUCUUCCUUCUGUCACUGUCCAGAGCUAAGGAUUUACAAAACAAGUUUGGAUUGUCAGUGGGAAGGGGGGAGGUUUUACUUAAUUGGCCAAAAUGUUCUUUCCAAGGAAAGGCACUACUUAAAGGCACAGAAUUAACCUGCCAUGGUCAGCACGCCUUUUCUUGCUGCUUUCUAGAGGGGUCGCUGACAUGAGGUUAGCCAUUACAGUUAAGACUGUGGCAACAGGGUUUUCUUGGGAAGGGGAAGAGAUUAAAUGUCAGGAGAUUAAAUGUCAGGAGUCAGAGGUGCUGGCUUAUACCUUUGACUCCUGUAAGCUGUGCGGCAGCUGUACCCAUCCUGGUUGCUUUCUCCACCGGCUCAUGCCACAGCCUGAAGGAAUCACGGUUUCAGUGCUCAGGGUGCUGCUCCCUUGCCAUCCUAUUUAAUAUUGAAGCACUGAACCACCUGUGUGGAGAAACGCCCCUGUUGGAACAUGCCCAGGUCGAUGAAAAAUUGCACAUAUUUGGGGGUCUCUGUUCCUGCUCACUUCUGCCAUCUGCCAGGUGGGGAGUCUAGUGCAAUGUAUCUGUUUAUAUGUUCGCCUUUGCUGGGCAGAGUAAGUUAGAUGUCUCUGUGUGUGCCCAUGUGUGCAUGCACAUACAUCCCUUGUAGUCCUUGGAUGGCUGGCUUGCGCCUCCAGCCACCUUGGGGUAAUUAUUGUUCCACUGUUUUGCUCUGCUGGACAGAGCACAGCAGCCCCGUGGGCUGUGUAAUUGUGGGUGCUUUUACCAUUUGGUGUGGAAUUUUUAAGUGUACUUCCAUGUUUUGCUUCCUUCCCAGAAUGGAAUCUGUAAGACGCCUGCCUUUGUGUGAUUGUUGGGUGACUGGAGAUUUUGAGGUUUGGAUAAAUGUAUUAUAGGUCCAUUUUCCCCCUCCCCGCCAAGAUUGUUGACUGCCAUCUUCUUUCAAAGGGCGUCUCUUCAACCCACUGGUGUGGUGGAAUUUUGUCAGUAUUAUUUUUGGAAGGGUGAAAUAAUAUCAGGGUGUGUGGCUGUAUGUUUAUAUGUGUGGCAGGAUACAACACAUUUUAAAAUAACGAGGGCUGAUCUACACGUGCAGAGUAAUCAAUUUUUUUGGCUUAAGCCAUUUCAUUCUGCUGAUGUGAACUUCACAUUUGAAUCCAGAUCACAAACGUUAGCAUGUCAGGGAAUGGCUUUCAGUCUCCUUCCUGACAUGCUAGUUUCUACAUGCAAGGAGGUAUUCCACGCAAACACAGGAGGCAGUUCAAACACACAGCUCCCUCCUGCCUACCUGCUGUUUGAAAUGUAACUCUGAAUCAUAUGAUUUAGCUGCAGGUUUAGAAUUGCCUUUUAAAGCUGUCUUCUCAUUUUCCACUUUUGGCCCCAAACUGUUUCACACAUUACAUUUUCCCCAAAUAGAUGUUUGGAAACUUCACUGAUAUGGGCUUGCCAUCAUUAUGUGGCCAAAUGACUACCUGACAUGCUGGGAGGACACCCAUCCAUUUGUGUUAUAGGGGAGGGGGUCAGUGCUCAUGUAGCUUUCAAAAAUGGGGUGGGUGGUAGGUGUAUGAGUUUUAGGGAAAACCAUGGAUGAACUGACCCAGCCGUGUCAUUCUAGUUUAGGACUAAGAACCAUUAGACAAGCAGAUGGCUGUUGUAUGGUCAGCCACUAUUAUGUUCAACAAUGAUGUCUACAGUAAGGCUGUUUCUGCACGGUGGCGGAAACACAGCUCCACCGGCAUAAAUUAUGCCGGUGGAGGCUUGGGGACCGUUCACAUGCUAUUGUGCGAGUGGCCCCGACUUUCUACCCAGCUCUGGUUCGGCCCCCUCCACUCACCUUUCUG